UAAUGUUUAUUCUAUGAAUACGCCAUGAAUUCAUUUCGUGGAUGAUCUUAAUUUUGAUUGGUUCACAAAAGGAACUUUCCGACGUUCGACUGCUUCUGUGUUGGUCAAGCUCGAUUUCAUAAAAUUUAUUUAUUUCAGAUAGCUGUGAAAUGUGAGGUUAGGCUUUAAGGGUAUACUAAUUACUAUGAGGUGUGGAUAGUAGUACUUGGCCCGUCAUUUUUGAGAGGCUAUACGCUAGUAAACACAGAAGCUUCAUUGAAACUUCGAUCCUCGAAAUAUGUCACAUAGUAACUAAUGCCAAAUGAAAUAAGAAAUUUUGAAAUAUUGUUUGUUUGGAAAGUUUGGUAUAAGACUUUUAUAAAUGAUAAAACUUCUAGUUCACUUGUUUCUUGAUGAUAGGAGUAGUUUCAAGUAAGAUACAAAAUAAAGGGCGACAAGUUGACGAUAACAUGGAAGUUUUGAAAACCCCGAAUGUGAAAACCGAACCCAAUUCUGAUGAGGAGAAUGCUUUGUUGGAAGUCAAGUUUUUGAAAAAUGAAGCUAGGAAAACGUCACUCAUUAUGACAAGAGAAGCUGUUUCCCCAGAAGAAGAAUCUUCAGUUACAAUCUUUGAUUUUAAAAUAAAGGAAGAAAAGUAUGAUGAAGUACCAAAGGAAACUGAGAACACAUUUGUCAAAGUUAAAACUGAGCAAAGUGUUGAUUCAACAAAUGAUGACAUUAUUUCCAAGUUCAGUGAGAGUGAUGAUGAAACUGUUGAUUGUUCACAACAUGAUAUUAUAACUGUGAAAAAAGAAAUUGAACCAGAAGAGGAGUUUCAACCAAUUAAUUCUGGAUCAGAAGGUUUAUCAGAUGCACUAUGAAAUUCCAUCCUGCUAUAGACAGAACUGUGACAUAGUGGGUAACAGAUCUAAAACCAGAAUACCACAAAAAGUAGGAAAACAAAGAAGAAAAACCACAAAAAAGAAAUGUGUCCAAACCUUGCCAAACAUUACUGCGGACAGGUGCAAGUUCUUAAUUUAAGAAUGCAUAAUAGCAGUAGUACUUUUUGAAGGACAAAUGAAGUUGUGCCAGUGUUGUCUGUAUAACUAAGUUACCAAAUAUCAGGAUUUAUUAAUGUUUUCUGUAGUUUAUUGGUGGAAGUAGCUCAGCACA